AUGGCUGAAGAAAAGGAAGUUAUUGCAGCCACCGAGAAAGUUAUCCGGAUCCAGAGGGUGUUUAUAAACCUGCUGGAUUCAUACAGCAGCGGGAACAUCGGGAAGUUUCUGUCUAACUGUGUAGUCGGGGCUUCCCUUGAAGAAAUUACAGAAGAAGAGGAAGAAGAAGAUGAAAAUAAAUCAACCAUGCUGGAAGCUGCAUCAGCCAAACUGAAGGAAGGCACCUUCCAGAUUGUGGGCACGCUCUCCAAGCUCGAAAGCGUCCGGCCCGACUUUGCCGUGGAGACAUACAGUACCAUCUCUAGAGGAGACCUUCUCAUGCGCCUCCUGGAGUGUGACGUCAUCAUUUAUAACAUCACUGAGAACCCACAGCAAGCAGAAGAGGCCAUCUGGGCAGUCUCUGGUGCAGUGCCUAAUUCCACUGGAAGGGACGACAGUAUCAGUUGUGCUCAAGGUCCCCCAGGUGCUGGAAAGGACGGCGUCAGUGCUUCCUGGCUGAGCACCACUGAUGAUUCUGAGAUUCCAUUUACUGAAGAGGAUUAUCGAAGAAGAAAACACCAUCCAAAUUUUCUGGACCACAUAAAUGCCGAAAAGAUGGUUCUCAAAUUUGGAAAAAAGGCCAAAAAAUUUGCAACUUACGUGGUUGCUGCUGGACUUCAGUAUGGAGUAGAAGGAGGCAUCUUACAUUAUUUUUUUAAGAUCGCUUGGUUGGGUGAGGUCCCUGCAUUACCCGUGUUUGGAGAUGGAACAAAUGUAAUUCCAGCAAUUCAUGUCCUUGACCUAGCAGGAGUGAUACAGAACAUCAUAGAUCACGUGCCAAAGCUUCAUUACCUGGUUGCAGUGGACGAGUCUGUUCAUACCCUGGAAGACUUGGUCAAGUGCAUCAGUAAAAAUACUGGCCCUGGGAAAAUCCAGAAAAUACCCAAAGAAAAUGCUUUCCUAACCAAGGACUUAACACAAGAGUGCCUUGACCAUUUACUGGUCAAUUUGAGAAUGGAAGCACUUUUUGUGAAGGAGAAUUUUAACAUUCGAUGGGUUGCCCAAACAGGAUUUGUGGAAAAUAUCAACAACAUCCUCAAAGAGUACAAGCAAAGCAGAGGACUAUUGCCAAUCAAGAUCUGCAUUCUGGGUCCUCCAGCUGUGGGAAAAUCCAGUAUUGCCGAAGCCUUGUCUAAGCACUACAAGUUGCAUCACAUUAAAUUGAAGGAUGUUAUUUCUGAAGCCAUAGCAAAACUGGAGGCGAUUGUCACACUUAAGGAUGAAGGGGAAGAGGAAGAAGAAGGUGAGCAGGGGGAAGAGGAGGAGAAUGUGGAAGAUGCACAGGAGCUCUUGGAUGGCAUCAAAGAAAGCAUGGAGCAGAAUGCAGGCCGACUAGAAGAUCAAUAUAUAAUUAGAUUUAUCAAAGAAAAGGUGAAAUCUAUGCCUUGCAGGAAUCAAGGUUAUAUUUUGGAUGGAUUCCCAAAGACCUAUGAUCAAGCUAAAGACCUGUUCAAUCAAGAAGAUGAGGAGGAAGAAGAAGAAGUCAGAGGCAAAAUGUUUCCCUUUGAUAAACUAAUCAUACCUGAGUUCGUUUGUGUGCUGGAUGCCUCGGAUGAGUUCCUGAAGGAGCGGGUGAUGAACCUUCCUGAGAGCAUCGUGGCGGGGACCCAUUACAGCCAGGACCGCUUCCUCCGGGCUCUGAGUAACUACCGGGACCUCAAUACUGAAGAUGAGACUGUCAUCAACUAUUUCGAUGAGAUUGAAAUCCACCCGAUACAUAUUGAUGUAGGAAAACUUGAAGACCCUCAGAACAGACUGGCCAUCAAACAGCUCAUCAAAGAGAUCGGGGAGCCUCGAAAUUAUGGUUUAACGGAUGAAGAAAAGGCAGAAGAGGAGCGGAGGGCUGUGGAGGAGCGCCUGGCCAAGGAGGCGAUGGACGAAGCAGAACGGGAGGCCAAGGAAGCUGUGGAGUUGGCCGAGAAGAUCGCUCGCUGGGAGGAGUGGAAUAAACGACUAGAGGAAGUGAAAAGAGAAGAAAGAGAAUUACUAGAGGCCCAGUCUAUUCCCCUGAGAAACUAUUUAAUGACCCACGUUAUGCCAACACUGAUGGAGGGGCUGAAUGAGUGUUGUAAGGUCAGACCGGAUGAUCCUGUUGAUUUUCUGGCAGAGUAUCUCUUCAAGAACAAUCCUGAAAUGCAGUGA